AGUAAAAUAUCUUUUUCUAGAAUGACCGGUUUUUAUUUUGACCAACAUAUGGAACUUGUGGCGGCAAGUAUAGCGGACGAGUUGGAGAUGAAAACCCCCAGGGAAUCGUUAUAAAUAGAGCGAGAGUCGAGCAUAGAUUAAUCACGAAACUGGAAGCAACGGACGCGUAGAGAACGAAUCGAGGAGAAGAGAAAGAGAAGAGAAAGAGAAGAGAAUGGCAGACGGACUCGUGGUGGCUUGUCACUCCGUAGACACAUGGCGCUCCAAGCUGCAGGAGGCCAAGACCAGCGGCAAGCUCGUGGUUGUUGAUUUCACUGCAACUUGGUGUGGUCCUUGUCGGAUUAUUAGUCCAGUCUUUGUGGAACUGUCAAAGAAAUACACAAAUGUUGUGUUCUUGAAGGUUGAUGUUGAUGAGCUGCAGGAUGUGACUGCAGAGUGGGAAGUGCAGGCAAUGCCAACUUUCAUCUUUAUUAAAGACGGAAAGGCAAUCGACAAGAUAGUCGGUGCUAAGAAAGACGAGCUUGAAAGGAAAGUGGUAACACUUUCUCAAGCAUAGGCCUGGCCUAGUUAUAAAUAGUUCUGUCAAUAAUUCUACCGUCUACUGAUUGGAAACUUCUGCUGCAAUGGCAUGCUACCUUGAAAUCGUGUGUUAUCAUUAGUAACUUGUUGCAAUAUCGUGGGACCUUAAAACAUAUUUUGUGUUGUCCUUAGAAUGUUAAUGUGAAACAUAAUUUAUUAUUGUUUAUGAAUAGGUAUUAAGUGGGGUUUCUUUCUC